AGCAUGAGGAGGGACAAUCAGAGCAGUGUGUCCGAGUUCCUCCUCCUGGGGCUCCCCAUCCAGCCAGAGCAGAAAGGCAUGUACUACGCCCUGUUCCUGGGCAUGUACCUGACCACGGUGCUGGGGAACCUGCUCAUCAUCCUGCUCAUCAGGCUGGACUCUCGCCUGCACACCCCCAUGUACUUCUUCCUCAGCCACUUGGCCCUCACUGACAUCUCUUUCUCCUCAGUCACGGCUCCAAAGAUGCUCAUGAACAUGCUGACGCACACUCAGUCCAUCUCCUAUGCUGGGUGCAUUCCCCAGGAAUAUUUUUUCUUAAUUUGGAGGGAUCUUGACAAUUUCCUUCUGACCUCAAUGGCCUAUGACAGGUAUAUGGCCAUCUGUCAUCCCCUGCAUUAUACCAGAAUCAUGAGUCAGAACCUCUGUUUCCUGCUAGUGAUUGUGUCUUGGGUCUUAUCCUCUGCCAUCGCUCUUUUGCACACCCUCCUCCUAGCCCGUCUCUCUUUCCUUAGAGGCAACACUCUGCACCACUUCUUCUGUGACCUCUCUGCCUUACUCAAGCUGUCCAGCUCUGACACCACCAUCAAUCAGCUGGUCAUCCUCACUGUAGGAGUGGUGGUCAUUACCCUGCCACUCCUGUGCAUCCUGGUCUCUUAUGGCCACAUUGGGGCCAGUGUCCUGAGAAGACCCUCCAUCAAGGGCAUCUGCAAAGCCUUGUCCACAUGUGGCUCCCACCUCUCUGUGGUUUCUCUGUACUAUGGAGCCAUUAUUGAACUCCACUUUGUCCCCUCAUCAAAUAGCACUAAUGACAAGAAUGUCAUCGUGUCUGUUUUGUACACAUCAGUCACCCCCAUGCUGAAUCCCUUCAUCUACAGUCUGAGGAAUAGGGAUAUGAAAGGAGCUCAUCCUCAGGAGAGCAACAUUUUCAGCAUGAUGUGCUUUGCAUUUCCUAUAACUGAAAAUGAGACCUCAGUCCUGCACAUACAUCUUUUCCUCUCUGACUUGAUGUUUUUGGUCAAUCUCAAUAUGGCACUGUUUUUCAGAUUGUGUUUCACCUUGGAUCUAGGUUUUCUUUGUUUAUCUUGA